GUCCUCCCGUUGCCUAGGUUACGCGGCGGAGGGAGAAGCGGCUUGGGGUAGGCCCCGGCGGUGGAGAUGGAGAUGAUGGAGGCAGAGGCCGGACAGGAAAUGGACCGGGCCUUCGUGGCAGAGGUGGCGGCCGCCCUGGUCAGAGAAUUCCUCAGCCGGAAGGGCUUGCAGAUGACCGCCGCAACCCUGGACCAGGAGCUUCCACGGUCAGCCAGAGCCAUCCGCACCCGGCAGGAGCUGCGCAGGGUCUUACACCUGGAGGCCGCCUACCGCCGGGACAAGGCAAAGGGCAGCCCCCUGAAAACAAGCCUGGAGCUCAUCACUCUCCACUGCCUGUCCGGCAUGGGUCUCCCCAUGGAGGUUCCCAGCGGAGCUGCCUCAGCCACCGUAGCCGAGGACGUGACCCUGCAGCAGCAGCAGCAGGAGGGGCAGCAGCUACAGGAGCGGCGUCGCUGGAGUCCAGACAGCACACGGGGUCCCGUGCCUGACCUUCCAGCUGAGGGCUGCAGGGUCACUCCCAAUACGGGAGGACCACCCAGCAGCCCCAGUAAUCCUAACGAAGAAGCCAACGGCCAGAGGUCACUGACCGGGUCCCAGCUACUGCCGAGCCAGACCCUGACCCUCGGGAGCUCUUCGCUUCCCACCCAGCUGGGCUGUGUGAAGCUGCCGGACCCUGGCCCGGAGGCGAGGAGGAGGGCGAGUGAGAAACUCCGCCUGAAGCCGGGUCUGGUUGCCCGAGGAAUGAUGGCCGGUCCCAUCGCCUGCUCCCCAGAGGACUCUGCCAAGAAACGUGUCUGGAGACGCCCACCCCACCCUCCCAGCCCCUUGCAUAGUGGAGACCGGGAGCCCCGCCCACCCAGUCCUCUCCCCGCGCCCUUCGGCCAUCGCCGAGAAAGCCCCACGGGGUCCGCCCCACCCCUAGGGCCCCUCAUGUCCAGGAGCCUCUCUCCAAUGGGCUCUGCCCGGGGUCUGCCCCACAGCACCGGACAGGACAGCCGCUCCCGGGACCCCUCCUGGGACCCCUCCGUACUCCCGGCCCUCAGACCUCUGGAGAGGGAGAGGACCAGGCCCGGCCUCAUGCCGGAAAGCGGGGGGGGCCUGGACUACGACGCAGAGGAGAGGCCGGGGGGCCCCACGUCCGGCGGCCCACUCGUGGCCACCACUCAUGGGAGUGACCGCUGCCAGACUGCACCCAGGAGCCACCUGCCCCGGGCUGACAGUGCCAGCAGUCUCCUGGCACUCGAGGAUGUGGGGGAUGAGUUUACAGAGGCGGAAGCGAUCCGGCCCAAGGUCCCGCCCCCACGGAAGCUGCAGACGGAAGCCAGAGCCAUCGACUUUUCCCUGGCCAAAGAGCUGAAGAGCCUCCUGUUUGGAUCCAGCCUGGCCGGGUUCAGGGCAGAGUGGACACUGCAGGGCUUCACAUUCAGCGAUGACCCCCCGCUGCGCUAUGGCAUCAUGCAGAACAAGGGGGGACCGUGCGGUGUUUUGGCCGCUGUGCAGGCCUGCGUCCUGCAGAAGCUCCUGUUCAGAGAUGGUGGCAGUGGAAGCCCCAGAACCCGGCCCCCGCAGCCUUCGAGCACCCUCAGGACCGACUGCCUUGUAGCGGCCCUGGCUGACAUCCUGUGGCGGGCCUCCGGAGCCGACCGGCCGGUGGUGACACUGGCUUCGGGGACGCAGCAGUUCACUCCCGCAGGAAAAUACAAAGCAGAUGGAGUCCUAGAAACCCUCAUGCUGUACAGCAUGGCGACGAAGGAAGAUCUGGUGGGGUUUCUCCAGCAGAACAUCCAUCAGUUUGAAGCGGGUCCUCUGGGCUGCAUCCUCCUGACCCUGUCAGCCAUCUGCUCACGGUCCGUGGCCAGUGUGCGCGAGGACUUCGAUGUCCCCACCAACCACCUGAUCGGCGCCCAUGGGUACUGCACGCAAGAGCUGGUCAACUUGCUGUUGACUGGCCGGGCAGUGUCCAAUGUGUUUGACGGUGUGAUGGAGCUGGACUCUGGAGAUGGGAGUAUGGCACCCCUCCGCGGGAUCACCGCCCGCAGCGACAUCGGGCUGCUGUCACUCUUCGAGCACUACGACGUGUGCCAGGUGGGCUCCCACCUGAAGACCCCCAGGUACCCCAUCUGGCUAGUGUGCAGUGAAAGCCACUUCAGUGUCCUCUUCAGCCUCCGCGAGGAUCUCCUGCAGGACCGCACGGCUCAGAGGAAGUUCGACCUGUUCUAUUUCGACGGCCUGGCCGGUCAGCAGGAGGAAGUCCAGCUCACCGUAGACACCACGCAGCCUGAAACAGGAGACCCCACAAGUGACCUCACCCCUCCCCUGGAGCACUGCAUUCGAACCAAGUGGAAGGGGGCCCUGGUGGACUGGAACGGCACCGAGCCCUGGCUGUGAAAUCCUGGGGUCCCGACCUCACCGUACCGGGGCUGUUGACGUCGAGCGAGCGGGAAUCCCGUGGCCUUGAGGCUCGCCGCCACUCCCGCCGCCACUGCGGCCCAGAGCCCUUUCAUGUGUCCGGGAACAGCAUCCCCCGGGUCCCCACGCUUCCUUCCACGAGCCGCUGCAGAGGCGGGCCAGCACCUGGGGCCGGAGCCAGGGCCUUGGCCAAAGCCGACCGUAAACCUGUCAGCGGCGGCGCAGCCCCUCAGCACCCGCCCGCGUCCUGCCAUUGUAUCCAGAGAUCUGACGGCCGGCACAGUGUGCCAACCGUGAAGCCGGGGCCCGCCUUCCUCCUGCCCCCAGCCACCAGCCCCUGGGCAUUUCCCGGGGUGGGGAACCUGGCUGGGUGAGUAGGGGGCUGUUCAUUCCAGGGCCACGGACCAGCGGGGAAACUUCUAAAGAAAUCCCAGCCUCAGAUUGCUGUAGACAAAGACCCUCCCCCACCCCACUCUGGGGGCCAGGCCAAAGUUGUUGGGCCAGACCUGGGUUUCCCGAGGCGGGAGGUGGAGUGGAGAGAGAGGCCCUUGGUGGAACAGCCCGAAGGUCCCAGAAUCCUUCAGGCCGCAAGGGAGAGAAAGCCAGAGGGGGAGAAUCUACUUCCACCAAGCGGGCUUUACCCACACACAUGGCACAUCCCAUCUGGGCCCCAAAUCCAGGGCUGGGUCUUUAGAAUUCCACACGCCCUUCCGGCCUUUCAUUCAGUGAACCGAUGGUAUGAACUGGACACCCACUGGGCAUAGAGCCCUGGACUGAGCGUGUGGGAGAGGACACUGGGGGCUUGGGAGAGGAACCCGGGGCAAAUCCCAUUUCUCCCAUCAAGGAGUUUCCAAGUCAACGCUCCUGGCUUCCCCUUGUGCUUCCCACCUUCCAAUUUUAACUUCUUUCUUGCACUUCCUCUGGGGGCAGGAGGGUGUCCACUCGUCCUCAUCCCCUGGGUGAGGCCAAGGAACCGUGGGGGGCCCACUGGGGGAGGGCCAUGAUCGACACUGUCCAGAUGUGCUGCAGAUGCCGAUGGGCCGCUGGCAUAACAGGAGGCUGGGGGUGGGAACUGUAUCAGAAUCAGGAGGAGGGUCAGAGGGCUUUGUGGAAUCAGAGAGCAGGGCUAGAACCGAGACCAGUCUCUGCUUCUGGCCAGGCCGUAUACACCACUGAGUGCCAAUUGGCCACCCUUAAUGGGGUAGGGCCAAGCCGCCCCUGCCCUCUCCCCCCACACCCCAACUAGCCAUCCUGGGCUGUGAUGUUCAUAAACGCCAUGGUCAAGCCUCAGGCUCACCACCUGGGCUGGUCCAGGGACGGUGCCAGACCAGGCCCCAGGGGUGGGGUCUGUGGGGGCCACUCUGUCAUCCCAGAAGUGGAGUCGUUAGCUGCAUUGAUCCUCACUCUCCCUUCCACCCCAGAGCCAGCCUGGGACCAAUAGGAUCGGUCGCCAGACCGGGAACCAAGGAUGCCAUGGGUGAAGUGUCCUCCUCGGGGACCUUUAACCCAGAUAUGCGAGGACUAGUGGCCCGGACUCCCCUUGGGUCCCGGCCCUCGGGCUGUCAGUCCAACCAUCGGUUUGACACUGGUGCAAACUGGGCACCAGCUCUGGGCAGAGCCCUGUACUGAGCAUCCACCACGAAGCAUUGCACUGGGCGCUCAGGAGGGUGCACCAGAAGCUCAGAUACAGUCCCUGCACUCAGGGGGCUUCCCAUCUAAUGGGGCAGGCCGUUUUCACACAAAGGCUGAGGGAAGAAAGCAGAAGAGCAACUGCCAGGGUGAAGCCCGUGAGUAAACGUGAUCCCAUGUGACAGAGAUUGGAGUGCUGAUCAGUGAAGCACCUAGCCUGCCGGCACAGGAGCAACAAGCCAACAGGGCAGUCGUCAGGGCUGGAUGAGGGGUGAUCCCCAAUGGGGCAAGCCAGCUGGUGAGGUGACUGGCCUCGAUGUCCACGCCUCCUGCUGCCUCUCUUCAUUCCUGACCAAGCCCCCCCAACAACCACCCUGCUCAGGGGCUACCACAGGGUCCCCUCCGUCCUGGUCCAGGAUUCCCCCCCCCCACCAGGAACACCAGUGAAGGGGGGGCCCCCUUGGCCUCAGAUGCUCCCUCCAGCUGCCCAUCGCAUAGCUGGUGCCAGCCCUUUGCUUUGCUCCGAGGCAGAGAGGAAAUGAAUCCUUGAGAAAAGAAUGGGCUGUGGGCACCGGGCUGGAGGCCACUGGCCACAGGAGGCUAUCGAGGCCAGGAGAAAUUUCCCCCUUCUGCUGCACCAUAGCCAGGCCCCGACACCACCCACCUCAGGACACCAAGCGAGGCCUGUCACUCACUCCAGCACCCGGCCCGGCUCCUCCGAGUUGCUAUGUAAACUCCGGUGCCUCUUCACAGCGGGCUCCCGGCAAAAACACUUCCUCUAUAUUCUUGAAA